GGCCUAAACAAGCGGACACGCGCGGGUCUUCAUUCACUCCGAUACUUUCCGGCCACGGAGUUACCAAAAACAGUAACCUGAUCUCGCCUCAAAUCGGUGGAUACAAAGUGUGGUUUUCUAAAAACUAAAAAACGAUUUGAACAAAAAUAGUUUUCGGUUCGCGCAGUCGGCCAAAAUUGGUUUCGUGUGUGUGAAAAAGAUCCAGUGAUCUUAAUAAAAAAAUAAAAAAAAAACAUUGAAUAAAAACUAUAAUGUCUUCUAAGUUGGGAGCUUAACUUAGAACACCUUUAGUGCUGAUCAUUUCAAAUGAAGAACCCACGGAACUCUAAUUAAUAAAAUCAACACCUUGAUCCCCAAAAAAAAGACAUUUCAUAAACCAACUUUUUGGAAAUUUUCAAAAUUUGGAGUAAAGAUUUGGGACUAAUUGGAUUUUUAAAGCGCAAUUCAGAAAUUCAGUAUAUUGUAAAGGCAUUUGCCUAAUAAAGAAGGAUAUAUCAAAGCACAAAUGUGUAAGAUUAGAAAUUGAAAGGAACUAAUCUCUAAAAAAGAAAUAAAACACAAAAACUUACAUUAACCAAUAGAUCACUAAAAACAAAAAGUACUGAGAAAGAUCUGUAAGAUUCGAUCUUCUCCGAGUGCAACAUUAUCCGUAGAUCGAUCCCAAGCUGGGUAGUCCAUUCCUGAGCAUUACGCCGGCGGGUGGGAGCAGUAAUCCCUCGCCCACGCCCCCACCGCCCGACGCCAAGGUGGCGGCCAAGCAGUUGGCCCAGAGCUUCCAGCUUUCAGCCAAUUCCGCGUUCAAUUUGGCCCUGCCGCCGGCCUUCUACCGCCAACCGCCACAGCAUCCGGAGUGUUUGGAGUACGGACACGAAACGCCGGAGAUGGAUCUGAUAAAUCCGUAUAUGCGACACCACAGCUUCGCGGCUGCCGCACAGGGAAGUCCGCCGUCGGCGGCACAACGUCAUCAUUUGGCGGCGGCCAUGAGCAACGGAUUCGCGGACGUUCAUGCCCAUGCGAUGGCGGCAGCGGAUUACCAACAACAGUUGGCAGACUAUCACAGUGCAGCGGCUGCAGCGGCGGUGUAUGCCAACAACAACAACAAUAAUAACAACAAUAAUAGCAGUAACAAUAAUAACAGCAGUCCUCUAAUGUUGCUGAAGGCGGCACAUGGCGGAGGUUUAAAGGAUUCGGAUUCGCCCUCGACGACACCGCCACCCGCCUCCUCCAGACUCCAUUCCGAUUCCUCGCCAUCUCCGCGAUAUGAACACAACUCCAGUCCCGGUGUGGACAGUGCCAAGUCGUAUGCCUUGAGCCAGAGGAGCAGCGGAGCGGAGGAUCCGUGCCAGACCAGCGAAUCCGCAAGUCCACCGCCGCAGGGGCAAAAUGAUUACAGUCCCGAGAAUCUCACCAGCCAGCGGGCCAAGUUCCAGCACCACCAUGGCGUGAAUCCCCUGGCCCUGCACAAUGCCAACCAUGGGGGAAACCCGGGACACCACAACAAUAACAACACCAUGGAUCACAAGUUGCCACUGAGUUUUCUCGGUCCUCCGCUUGCGGCUCUCCACUCGAUGACCACGGAAAUGAAGACGGGACAAGGAGUCGGUGGCUCGUCCGCAUCGGGCAAUGGUUUGUCCUACGGACACAGCCCGAACUCCCAUUUGAUCAGCGAUCGCGGAUCCGGUGGCAGCUCCUCGUCGUCCUCCACGGCGACCACGAACACCAACAGCCAGGGAGCCCCCAAUCCGCACGGCAUCGACACGAUCCUCUCCAAACCGCCGCCGGUCACUUCGGCGGGCCUAAGUGCUUUAACAGGAGCUGGCAUUCCCCGCUUCUCGAUCGCCGCCGCAGCAGCGGGAAUGGCCCAGUAUCUGUCGCAAAGCCAGGGGGCGCCAUUGAAGACCCACGCAGGACACAUAGUGGACCGCACGCACCUGUACUGGCCAGGACUCCAAGGACUGGUGGCCAAUCCCAUCGCGUGGCGCGAACGCCUCUCCAAUACGAUGUCCGCCAAUCUAUCUCAAUCGCAUCAGCAUCACCCCUCGAACGACAAGGAUGGCAAGAAGAAACACACCCGCCCAACAUUCAGUGGUCAGCAGAUCUUCGCCCUGGAGAAGACAUUCGAGCAAACCAAAUAUCUGGCAGGACCAGAGCGAGCCAAGUUGGCGUAUGCCUUGGGAAUGUCCGAGUCGCAGGUUAAGGUCUGGUUCCAGAAUCGUCGCACCAAAUGGCGCAAGCGACAUGCGGCGGAAAUGGCCACGGCCAAAAGGAAACAGGACGACAUUGGUGGCGAUAACGAUGGCGAUUGCAGCGAGACCAUGGACAGCGAUAACGAAAGUCUCGAUAUGGGCGAGUCCCCCGCGCAGAACAAAAGAUGUCGCAGCAACAGCUCCGGGUCCUCGCAACAGCAGCAGGAUAAUUAUCGUCAUUAAAACGAAUUUACAAACUAUGCAAGGACAUGGACUCGCAAUGAAAUGGAAUGGAAUACACUUAGGAUAAAUUUCAAUGCGCCAGCUAAUUAGCUAGAAAGCCCAGCAUAAGCAGCUACACAAAAAAAAAGAAAAUGCAGCCGCAGCUAGAAACGAUUUCAGCUAAAUGAUUUGGGUUCAAGUUUUAAGGUUUUGCCACUUUACCGUCUUCUGAAGACUUCAUUUUUCCCGUCUAACUCUCUGACUUAAUUCCCAACUCUGUUCAUUAGGUGUGUAAAUAUUUAUGUUAAUUUUCUAAAAAUACAUUUAACAUGAAGCUUAAUUAACGUCGCUAAUUGGUAGGAAGGUCGAAAGGAGUUGAGGCACUGGCACAAAAAUUAAACUGAAUUUAUUACAUACUGUAUGUUUAGUUUCUAAUCCCUAACUUUAAUGUAAUUUCGUGCAUUAGAACCGACCUUAGUUCAUACAAAUUAAAAUAUAUAUAUAAAAUAUUAACGAUUAACUAUGCUAACUGAGAUUGCGCAACAAUAUUCACAAUAUUGAUGAUGAUACAGACGCAACACAUGAUGAUUAACUAUUGCGGUAAAUUAUAUGUAAAAUGUAUUUAAAUUAAA